GAAGCAGAGACACAAAGAGAGAAGCAGGGGAGGACUCGGAGGCUGAGCCGUAGGGAGGGGGUUACAGCCAAAGUCUCCUAAGGAAGAUCAUAGCCCCCCCCAUUGGAGCCAACCCGGCAGCCGCUCCCUCCUCCAGCACCCCCUCCCCGCAGCCCGGGAACCAAGUAAUCUCCAUCGAUGAGGAGGAGGAGGAAGAGAAGACAAAAGGGGAUUUCAGCUCUGAAGUGACAGCAAGGGAAAGGAGAAGCCGCAGCAGAGGGAGAGAAAAGCUCAGGCAGAGCAGAGCUGCAGGUUCCCCAAGGCACCCACCGGCAGCAGGGCCCCAGGAAGGGAGAUCCCACCACACACAGGCCUGCCAGCUGUUGGCUUGCUCUCUUCUGCCUUUGAUGCCAUGGGUAACAGCUUCUCCAGCAUCUCUGCACUGCCCAGAGGCAACCAGAGCAGAUUCCACAGGGUCCACCACCAGCACCUCAAAGACUCUCUAGGUGGACCCUUUCCGGCGUCUUCUUACCGAUGCCACCACAAGCAGAAGCAUUGUCUGCCCAUCACGCAGUGUGGAGCAUUGUCGAUCAGCCCGCUGCUUUUCCAUCCCCAUGCCAAAGGGUCUCAGAUCAUCAUGGACACGGCACAGAAGGCAGUGAAGCGGCAGGCCAGCUUCUGCAACGCCAUUACCUUCAGCAACAGGCCUAUCGUGAUCUAUGAGCAGGUCAGGUUAAAGAUAACAAAGAAGCAGUGUUGCUGGAGUGGGGCUCUCCGACUCGGAUUUACUUCCAAGGAUCCCUCCCGGAUUAAUCCUGACACAUUGCCAAAGUACGCUUGCCCAGACUUGGUUUCCCAGAGUGGAUUCUGGGCCAAGGCCCUGCCAGAAGAGUUUGCAAAUGAAGGAAACAUCAUAGCAUUCUGGGUGGACAAAAAGGGCCGGGUGUUUUAUCGGGUCAAUGACUCUGCUGCGAUGUUGUUCUUCAGUGGGGUGAGGAUCACUGAACCCCUGUGGGCUUUGAUUGACGUGUACGGACUCACCCGUGGGGUGCAGCUAUUAGACAGUGAAAUUAUUCCUCCCGACUGCCUGCGUCCAAGAUCUUUCACUGCAAUUCGCCGGCCCUCCCUGCGCAGGGAGACAGAGGACACCCGGCUCUCCGUGAGCCUCUGCGACCUCAACCUCCAGGAAGAGAACUUCCAUGUGCUGGCCACCAUGUGUCCCAUCCCUCAGAACUCCCUCAAUUCUCAGCAUUCCCAUCUCUUCCCUUCCCAGCUUGAAAGUGACCUCCGCUUCCACCAGCUCAGGGGAGCCCAUAUCAAAAUCCUGGACGACCAAACUGUAGCCCGGCUGGAACAUGCCCGGGAAGAGAGGACUUUGGUUUUCACCAGCAGACCCCUUAGAAUCAAUGAAACAAUUUUUGUCAAAAUUAACAAAUCCAAUGCCUCCCGCUCCGGCACACUGUCAUACGGAGUGACCUCUUGUGACCCUAGUACUCUGAGGCCCAGUGACCUUCCUUAUAACCCAGAGUCACUGGUUGACAGGAAGGAAUUCUGGGCAGUCUGUAGAGUCUUGGUGCCCCUCCAGAGUGGAGAUAUCUUGGGGUUUAUGGUGAAUUCAGAAGGUGAACUGCAUUUGAGUCAUAAUGGUGCCAGCGCCGGCAUGCAGGUCUGCGUGGACUGUUCCCAGCCCCUCUGGAUGUUCUUUGGUUUACAUGGAGCAGUUAUGCAAAUUCGAGUAUUGGGUUCCACUAUAUUGGCCGAGCGACUGGGACCAUCUACACCGAGCUCUCCCACUUCAGCCCCAAAUUCCCCCACGGUUCUCUGCAGCGGGGUUUCUGAUCCAAUUCUGAGUACGUGUGGCUCCGGUCUGCUCUGCAGCUCCAUCAGCGGCACAGCGCCAAACUCCCCGGUCAGCAUGCCGGAGUCACCCAUCUCUCCAUCUGGCUCAGGGGUCUGGGGGGACGAGUGCACCAUCUGCUACGAGAACAUGGUAGAUACCGUCAUUUACUCCUGCGGACACAUGUGUCUCUGCUACCCGUGUGGGCUGAAACUCAAGAAGAUGGCCAACGCCUGCUGCCCGAUUUGCAGACGGGCCAUCAAGGAUAUCAUCAAAACUUAUCGCAGCACUUAGAACAGCAGCAUGAGUUGGGGGGAACUGCAUGGGUGGGGGCAUAUGUGAGAGGAGCAAGAGGGUCUCUGUCUUCACUCAUCAUUUGUGAAAUUCAACAUCUGAACCACCCCAAGGAGGCUGGAGGCAGGGAGGGGAGGGUUCUGCUGGUGACAGCUCUUCCACUUCCCCUGCCCCCAACGAGGGCUGAACUCCAGCACAUCAGGGAAGUCAAGCUGAACCAUGCUUUCCAAUGGGUUUUACAUUUUAAUCUCAAGAAAGCAGCUGGAGCCAUUCUUGCUGUUCCACACCAUCGCCAGGGAUGUCCCCGCCGCUCGGCUAGCAGGAAAGGUGCAGUGAGGCACACCUUCUGCCCAGUGGACAGCAACAGUAGGCAGCUGGUGAGUGGCAGUAAUACAGAGAAGAAAGGCGGCCUUCUGGGGGCAACUGACCGCAUUUCAAAAAAGCCUCUUAAAAGGACAGGGCUGUGUGGACUGUUCAGAAGUGCUGAGUGUCCGGCAGGAGUGCUGAUGGCAAAGGGUGUGAAAGGGCGAGUUUGGCAGGAGAUAAAUUAUAAAGCCAAACCCUUUUGCUGGUAGCAGAAAAACACCCAGGAGCCCUGGUUGCUCGAUGCUGUCCUGUGAGCGGUGGCUGGAAAUCGAUGUGCUGAGUGCUUGGGGAGUGGGCCCAUGAAUUUCUGGUAGUGGAGAAAUGCAUUAGAGGCAGUGGAUGGGUGUGCAGCAUGUGGUUCCUGCGAAAGACUCUGGUGUGGCCAUGGCUCUGCGUGUUGCUGUCCAGCAAGGUGAUGGGAUUACAUUUUCAGCAGCAGUGCCCCAGCAGCCUGGCUCAUUGUGGCACUGCAUGACUAUAACCCCACUGUACCGAUGCUUGCUCCUGAGUUCUCCCUGCCCUUCCUGUCACAAGCCAAAGGCCUCUCCCCCAACCCCUCAGUCAGCACUUGCAAAAAACACUGAGGAAGAAUGUCUACAAACACACACACACACCCCCGCCCCCCGGCUCUGUUUUUAUGGUAGAGUGUUAAAUGUCUCUCUCUCUGCUUUAAAGGAAGGAAACUUGGUUGGUGAUUACACGCUCUUGGCCACACUGAUGUGACAGGGCGGUCAACGCACUUAGUCAUCAACAAGCAAAAAAGGGAGAAAUGGCUUAAAAUGGAUUUUGUUUCUUUGUUUUAACGAAGGAGCUUCUGCUCACUCAAGGGCUGGAGGUGGGUGGGGGGAAGGGAGAGAACUGGUUUGCUGCUGCUCCUGCUGCCACCCCGUCAGUAGCCAGAUUCUCUGCAUCCCACCCAUUGUAUGUGUCUGUCUGUGAGUCCUUCUGACCACUCAUUCUAGGACAGUGUAGUACUGGGCAGCCGCUGGGCUCACUCAGGCUGCAAUCAUCUCAGUUUAGAUCUGUCAGUCCUCCCUGGUCCACAGCUGCAACACAAGCAAGGCAUGCCCCAUCCCUCUGGGGCCGAGCGGCCCCACCUGGGUGCCCAUUGAGUUCACGAGGCUCAGCGUAGUGGCAAACUCAAGGCCUAGUGAUUUUAUGUCUAACUGGGGACACUGUAAAGUGGCCUCGUUUUCAGAACAUGACAAGCCCCAUCAGGAAACUAGGCUCCUCUGAACAAACUUGAAUGCAGCACUAAUGAAAAUCUUGGAUGAGGGGGCUUGACCUCAGCUAGCUCCCAUUGACUUCAAUGGGAGAUCAAGCAAGGCCUCAGCGUGGUGGGAAGUAUUCGAAGGAGCAGGCCUGCUGCUUUCCAAAGGGCUGCACAGCAGAGAAGGCAGGCAAGAUAUGGCUCAUUUAUACUCUUCUCUAGUGUUAAUGGGCCCCGAACACACAUCUCAGCCCCAGUCUAGCAUUGACAGAUCAUGGGCUCAGUUACCGUGGACCACGGCUGUAGCUCAUGUACCUCUGUGCUGCCCCUUGACUGCAAU